UAUGUAUAUAUGUAUGUAUAUACAUAUGUAUAUUUGUGUAUACCUGUAUAUAUUUACGUGGUUGAUUCGAGUGUAGGGGUAGGGAUGAGUGCAGCGAGGCGAAGACGUCCAGAGUCAAUCUCUUCCCGCAGAGGAAACGGUGGAGAGGAAGGCGUCGACGCCUGGUUUCCGACGCCUGGUUUGUCGCAUCGAAAACGCAGGUCGUGACCAGACGGGGCUUUCAGAGGAUCUGAGUGUCGAUUUGGAAAGAAGAACGAGUGGGCAUCUUCUGACAGUUCGUCGGCGGCUGUCGGCCCUCUGCAGCAGGGCAAGCACAAACUGGAGCAACUGUGUUGCGUCGGAAUGUUCUGCGUGUCUAUGCUGUUCUUCUUUGCGAGUGAAGUUCGCGCGCUUCCGUGGACAUUUGAAUUGCACCGAGAAGGCAAGGCGUUUCUUGCGUGUGUCGAGACGGGGGGGGGGUCGCACUUCUGCCUUUCAGAAGCGGGGCGGUGUGCCUUUCAGUUCACUCGCAUUUGCGUUUUCAAAAGACUGCAUGCGUGGGCAAACUCCAUUUUCCACUGCACCCUUCCACAGCCUUUGACUGCGGCAACGAGGUCGCUGUGUCCCGGUGCGUCGCCGCGGCUGAUUCCGGCGUUUGCGCGUUUUUUUUCGCGCUCUCUUUGUCUCGAAUACCGGCGCCUCGUCGCCUUCUUUCCCCGUGUGUCGAGAGGCGUCAACGCCUUCGUUACUCGCAGUGUCUCCGUUCCUGUCGCUCUAAGAAGAGACAGGAAAUCGGUGGUGAGUCGUCGGUGCUCUCUGGCUUUCUCCGAGGACAGAAAGUCUGGACUGUGUUGCCGGCGGCGAGUCUUUUGAUUCCGGAGCCGCAUGUUCUCAGUUUCGCUGUCGUACUGGGUGGCGGCAACUGUCUGCUCUGAGGGGAAGUGCGAGUGUCUGUGCGUUUCAAUCGUAAAAGUUGUACCAGACGAAUUGCGGAGCCGUCGCAUGUUUUUCUGUGGCCAAGUUGCGUUGAAAGUUGAACCAACGCAGUGGAGAACUGCCCGCGCCUGCCCGAAAGAGAGCCGCGAGUGCGAGCCCCGGUGUGAAGAGGCCGCCUUGCAUGUGUGGGAGUGUGGCAGCGGCGGGAAGUCACUUUUGUCGCUGCGUUUCUGUCUUUCGUCGAACACAGCUCGAUUUCUCGUAUUUCGGAGCUCGAGCUCCACGCGCAUGCAUUCGUGUACAUCCGUGUUUAACCGCCUGUGGAGAUCCGCGCUACUUCUCAUCGGAACGGAUGGGGUCGGAAAGAGGGGGGAGCGCCCACAGUCUUCUGGCGUCGAAACAGAACGGGCGAGAGGUGAGGGAACUGGAGUGUGAACAGAGCGAGUGGCGUACGAAACGCACGCGCCGACAGCGUAAGAUGUUGGAGAACGAGGGUUCUUUUUCGCGUCUGCUCCGCGGAUCUCUCCCCCCGUGUCACUCGCGAUACCGGCAAACCAAGUGCCGAGCACCCCGGUGUGAGUCGAUGACGAAUACCCUUUUGGAUCGGUCUUCGCUGAAGUGGCGCUACCAGCUCUGUGCGGGUGUGCGUCUCGUCCGUGUCGUUUUCCCGCAAGCUGAAAUGCAAAGAUGCAAAUGACAAGUGUUUCUUUCAUAGGGGCCUUGGGCGGCUGGCGAACAAGACGGUGUGCUGGACAUGCAGGGUUUUCCCCAGGUUUUGCGUCACGUUCGAUUUUGAGCCUGACUGGCUUUCGGGGUGCGCUUCUGUUUCUGUUUGAGUGGAAAGGCGAUCACGCAAUGAGGGGGGGAGUGCGCGGGCGUCCAUCUGGAGAGAGUCUAAAAGUGCCUCAGUGCAAAGUCCACUGUUUGCCGCCUGGGGAAAAAUUUCCUCUUUGGGGUCUUCAAAAGUCCGUUAUCGGUGGCGGUUUCGCGUGCGUCGGGGGUCCACAGUCUUGCGCCACGCGAGUCCGUACCUCUGGAAAUGUUCGUGUAUUUCCCGGGGAAAACUAGACAAAAGACUGCCGAUGGAGGGCAACUUUUUUGAUAGGCGGAUCCCGUCAAAGAAGUUACAAAGGAAAGAACCACGUUUCGAAAAGCACCCUAGUUCCGGCGCAGAAGUCGAAUGCCGGCUGAUCACUUUCCCAUGCUACCCGGAAAGAAUUCGAUGCCAAGCCACUCAAGGUCCUCGGACUGUAUCAGCACCUACAUGUCGGCUCACUGAUCCCUUGUUACUGUACAAGAUUCCGUUUCGAACGGUAGUUCAGCGUCAGAUGCAAUUUGUGAGAGCAUCGGUACGGUCCCGUUUUUACAGACACGCGGUGCACUCGCUCGUGACGACACUUUCCAAACAGCCACAGCAAUUUCUGCUGCUUCUUUCAAACGGAAAACAGCCG